AUGAAGAGUAUCUUAUUGAUAACACUAUUGGCCAUCACUUUUGCAGCAGAUCCUGAGUAAUGCUUAAAAGAAAGAUGUCCAAAUGAAUAUGCAGCCUGUCAAAAAGAAGUGUUUGGUUGUGCAUCUGCUGCCAUGAAAUGUAAGAACUAAUGUGGUGGUGAUGAUGCUGAAUGUAUGUUAAAUUGUGCCUUGGCUUCCAAGAAUGCCAAACUUAUAGCAUUAGCAGAAUGUGGACAUGAAAAUUGCUAAGAUGUUGCUUUCACUUAUUGUGAUAUUUAAAUUUGUGUGGAAUCAUUCAAAUCUGAAUGCAUGACAUCAUAAGGACUCAAAGCAUACUAAUGUGCUGCUACUUUCCUUUAAAGACAUUCAGAAUGCCAUUGCAUAACCGAACUUUGA